UCAUCGAUUGAUUGGCAGGCUGUGCGUGCAUCCAUCGGUCAGUCGGUCGGUCGGUCGCGUGUUGUCUUGUCGUGCCGUUCUGUUGUGUUGUGCUGUGUGGGGUCGUAUAUAUCGUAUUGCUGACAGUCACCCAUCCGGCCGUGUGCGGUCUGCCAACGAAGUGCUCUACCAGUGAGUGAGUGAUUGUGAUGGGCGAACGGGCAGGUGAGGUGGGGGGUGUCUGUUGGACUCUCUCCGUGUUGAUGUCUUCGUAUGCCGCGAACCAUGCGCAGUGCUGCAUGUGAUGUGGAACCUAAAAGGUAUCGCACAACCUUUGGUGUUCUCGAUGAGUUCGAUCCACUGCGCGCUCAAGGCAUGAUCACAUACCGCCUCUCGCGAAGCUUUCCGUGUUGAUGGGAUGGAUCUGACGUCAUCGAUGACAUCUUCAUCUGCGUCCGACGCCAUCGCGCUGCUGCAGGCGGCUGACCGCCCCGAUCUUCCUGGCACGUGCGUCACAUUCCGACGCCCAGCGGAAAUCAGCCGGUUCCUCGAGAGCACCAGAGCACGCGGCCGCACUCAUGGGAAGCUGCUUGUGUGGCUGUUCGAGUGGGCCAUGGGCGAGGUCAAGAAGGGAACGGCGUUCGGCGAGACUGACUGGCGGUUCCUGCAGGUGGUGCUGCCCGCCCUGCCUGUGGAGUACCCCAUCCAGGCCUGGCUGCCGCUGCUCUUCUCCCUCUGGCAGGAGACCAAGCCAUCUGUCUGCAUGUCCCUGCCUGCGGCCGUCACCGCGAGUCUGCUGCGGCGGUUCAGAGGCCUGUUCAUUCCAUCUAUCGACAUGGUCCUCCCCCCUCUAGAGAAGACCGUCGUUGUGCUUGUGGAGGACCCGGCGAGGCGUGACGCGUGGGCCGCUGCUGGGGCGGUGCUGCUGUUCCUGGCGACGGCCCUGAGGGAGCAGACCAACCCCAAACGCGUGUUUGCUUUCCUCACGUCGAUGCUCAGCGGCCCUGUCGCCAAGCUAAUGGCGGCGUCGGUCGUCACUGAGCGGACAGGUGCGACGAAAGCUGCCCUGCAGCUGUGUUCGGCCGCCCUGCAGUGGCUGUUCGACGCGCCUCACCUAUCGGGGUUUGAGGCCGCCUUUGUGCAGGAUGGCAUGCAGGCGCUUAUCGGCAAGUACUCGCAGCACAAGAGGAAGCAGAAAGAGACGGCAGAUGAGACGAGGAAGCAGAAGCAGCAGCAGGCCUUCCAGGGUAUGCUGUUCGAGAGGCUGAGGAACGUCAUAUGCUCCACCUCCACACCACAAGGAGGCAAGCAGCAGCCAGCCAAGGCGUCCAGGAAAUCCAGCAAAGCGGAAGGAAAACAGCAGGAGCCGGCUGUGGCUGCCUCGUCGGAAGCGAUCGAAGGCUGCCUGCUGCUGCUGCCUUGCCUGUUCGCGGCCUAUAUCCGGGCAGUGAGCCGCAGAGGCGAUCAGGCGGCCUCUCAGCGCCACCCAACCACACCCGAUGCCGGCAAGGAUAAGAAGACUGAUGUGUUCAGGGGUUCGUCAUCAUCGCGUCAUCAGCUGCAGACCUCGGCAGAGUUUUGUUUUUUCCUGCAUCUGUACAACAUGGUGUUGGGGCUGUACAAAAGCUCCUUGGCUGACAGUGGGCCGUCGCGGCAGCGUGUGGCGGCGCUGCGGUGCCUCAUCACACUCUGGAAAAGGUCCGGUCCGCACACAAACCAACAGUGACUGGCGAAGGAAGAACGACCGACCAUAUGUCUGUCUGUUGUCAUUUGCCCCUCAUUGUUCCUCUCUCUCUCCGUGUGUGUGCGCAUCGAUCAGGGUGACAGUCCACGGUGUCUACCGUGUCCGUGAGGACGCUGUCGGCGUGCAGCAGGGCUGCCUCAAGACCCUCGCCCAUCUCGCUAUCACACGCCUGCAGGCAGUCACCCUCGCCCCUACCAGCAUCGAUACCAGCACCAGCACCAGCACCAGAAAGCGUCCUCUGGAUGACGACAGCUGUCGAGAUGAGGUGUGGUUGCUAUGGGAGGGGCUGAGUGUCGUGCUUGAGUUGGAGCCCUCUCUCGUCGAGGAGCGGCUGCCGGCCAUCUGGAGGCUGCUCGAGGACCAGCAACAAGAGGAGCAACAGCAUCGGGCGGGGAACUCCCACCAAGGGCCAUUGGCAGGGUGUGAGGGAGAGAGAGAGCAACCACGGUGUAUCGUCAGUGUUUGGUGGACUGUCCCUCUCUUUGUUGAUGUGUGUGUUGUCAGUGAGGGCUUCACCGUCCGUCUGCUCGCCGUGUUUGCGCGCCUGAACGACCUCCCCUCCAUCAUCGAAUCCAUCGCCACCGCGUCAAAGGACAGCGACACACCAGACGCCCCCACGCCCCUCUCCCUGACCUUCAUCACACCUGCCCGAGUGCUCGCCAGUGUCCAGCGGGCAGCAGCAUCGGCACUGCCCGUGCAGGUAUGCAGGAAAGUGCAUGUGCGUGUCUGGAUGUCUAUGUGUGUGACGAAUCGAAUCGGUCCCGUGUGUCGUGUUGCCCUGCCGGCAGAGUGAGAAGAUCUGGAUGGGCCUGCUGUCCUGCCUGCGGGAGCGGCUGGCGAGUGCCGCUGAGUGGCGGGGACACAUACAGAGGGAAAAGAAGAGGCUGAAGAAGCGGAAACGAAGUGAAGGUGCCGACGCAGCAGAUGCAGAUGGACGUCAAGGCGCGGGUGUGCCUCUCGCAGACCUGGAGAAAGGUGAGAGAAAAGCACACAAACACAGGGGGGCCCCAACAUUCCUUCCUUCGAUUCUUCAAUGUGUUGGUGUACUCAGGUCUGGAGUUCCGUGAGCGAGCGUCAGGCAGCAUCGCCCUCGUGCUCAGCCACUUCGUCGCCCACACAGACGUCAAAGAGGUCCUCCUGCAGCCGCUGGCCACUCUCACCCGCGACACCUUCUCCCUCGUCGCGCCCACACCGCCAGACGGCCCCGCAUCCCCCAUGCUGCCGCCCAUCGCCGCGCCAUCCCUACUGCUGGCACUGGCCAACCUCUCACGACGUCUGUGUGCGUGGCUGCCACCUAUGGUGACGACCGACGAAGGCAGCAAUGGCCGCAUACGUGAGCUGCUAGACGUGUCGCAAGGCGUGCUGCAGCAACUGGCGGAGACGUCACAGGCGAGUGAUGAUGAUCUCGAGACGCGGGACAUGGGCGUGCAAGUGGCGUUGCAGCUAUUGGAUCGGCUGAUUGAGAUCCCCGGGGCGCGUCACGACCAUGCCGCCCAGUCGCCGGCCUCGCGCAUCCUCGGCGCUCUUGCCCCCGGCCCACCAGGCGAUCAAGACGAUGCCGACGACGCGCCUGCGUCUCUGCGGACAUUCGUGUGGCAGCACGCCGCUCCACAUCUUCGAGUGCUGCUUAGGGCAACAGCAGCGGCUGAUGGCAACGAUGAAAGCUGUGGGGUGGUGUGUCGCUACCUGCUGCCCAAGAGGCUGGCACACGCACUGCCGCCUGCAGUGGUCGGGCAGGGGGCGAGUGGCAGAGUGGUGGGUGUUGCGGCGACCACUCGUGCGUUGUGGCUGGGGCAGCUGGGCGUCGAUGUGCUGGAGAUUCCUGCGAUCAAGGUGUGUCGCAGAGGGGACACAAGACACCCACACAGGGGCAGACUGACCUUUUGGUAUUCAUGUCCUCCCCACAGGUCCCGCUAUUGACGCGGUUGACUGAUCUGCUCCGCCAGGCAACGACAAAGCUGCGAAAGAAGACGGAUCGUCUGCGAGAGACCGUUGCUGCCCUUCCGCGAGAAAACCUCGUGAAAGGGUGAGCGAGCGAUGGAUAGCUCCAUAGAGAGCCCAUCACCGUGAUGUCAAUAUGCGCGUGUGCAGGCUGUCUGCGGCCGUGCAAGACAUCUGCGCCCUCUACGCCGCCACGUCCCUGUUCCCUCCUGCCUACUUGGUCACCCUCCCCGCCCCUCCACUGCUAACCCUGCUGCUGCGAACAUGGCACACACUCGGCCCCCUAUCGGACCUCAAGAACAUGGUCCACCUACCACCACCACUGGCCCCCACCGUGCAGCAGGCGGCUAUGUGCUGCGCCAUGGUCUUGCACCGGUUGUGUGCAUCAUGCGAUCGCGGACCGUCGUUUCUGGCUCUCCAUCUGCUGAGGGAGAUCGAUACUGACGACGAGCAGGCGAGUGCCUGUGCACAGCGGCUGGCGGCUGCUAUUGGUCUUGACGACAGCAACGGUGGUCUGGACGAGGGUGUGACACUCCCUGGGGUGGUGGAGAUGCUGGCGGCCGACGACCAUCGGGAGCAAUGCGACGAGAGAGUGGAUGCCGCCGCGUCGCUUCUCGUCCUGGCCGUAUCGGGCCUCCUGCAAGACAGUGGCCAACCGCAGCAGCAACAGCCACAGCAAGGUGCCACCCUGCUGCAAAAGAUGCAGGCUCUCGUUCGCGAGACCCACAUAGACGCCGAGCUCACCGUCCUGCCCGCGUUGUCAUCGGCCACCCUCUUCAAGCCCUUCCUAUCUCGCGACGAGCGAGCCUGCUGGCAACUGACGGCGAGCAAGAGCAAGCAUCGCUUCGCUGGGCGUGUGUUGGCCACUGUGUGGGACCGCGUUGCCGCUCUCGACGGCGGGGCGGCCUUGCUGCGUCGGGUCAAGGUCAGCUCGGGAAUGGUUGACCGCAUCGACAAGGGAGUGGGCAAACGCGCCCCCGAUCUGGCGCCACUGCUGCUGCGGCUCACAUCCUCCCACCUUGACGCGCAGCUCACUGAUGCCGACGAGGAAACGAUGACAGAAGAGUCUGUAAGCGAGAUGGCCGCUCGGCUGUUCGCCAUGCUGCCGCGCGUCAUCGGGCAUGACGACAAGGCUGCGUGGGGCGGGGCUGUCGAUCGGGCGCUGGAGGCCUUCUGUCGGCACUGGGGCAGGAGGGAGAGCAUUCUGAGUGGAGAAGAGGACGUGACGAUUGGCCUCGUGGACAUGCUGGUGGGGAGGACCGCUGUGCUGCUGUCCGCUAGAAUGGAGGACACCGUCGCCAAAACAGGUGAAUGAGAAGUGGCGUCUGCUUCCACGAGUGUGUGUGUCGACUGAUUGGAUUUGAUUGGUACUGUGCGUCGAUCAGGUGUGUGGCUUGACAAGACGUGGCGGUGUCUGCUGGACGGCAGCAUCAACAUGCAGGAGAACUCCUCCACCCCUCUCGACAAGUGCUGGCUCACACUCAUCCCACAGCUCUCAACCCAAGACCUCUCAGCCGUCAUCUCACGACUCGCAAACACAAUCGCCACACCCACACCGAACCAACACCCCCCUCUCAAGGCGCUUGCGGCCCUGGAGGGCCUCUCCUGUCUGCUUCGGUCGCGAGGCAACAUCAUCAAGGCACUCGGCCCACCAGAGGUGCCGGCAGGUUUGGCGAGGGGCAUUAUGGGGUCGUUGCAGCUGGCGAGAGAGCUGCUGAUGGGACGGCACGAGUUGGAGGAGGACAGUGGGAGGACGGCUGCUGGCGUCUUGGCGUGUGUGAGGGGCGUGCAGUGCGCUGUCAACUUCAUGGCGGCGACCAGACGCAGAAGUGAUAUUACAUGGAUGGAUGGAUCCAUGGAUGGAUGGAUGGAUUCCUGUGUGUGUGUGUGUGUGUGUCCCAGGUUCCCACAUUAGUGAGGGUGUUGGGUCGACUGUCACCCCGGCCGACCGGCUGUGCGCAUCACUGCUGCUCACUGCAGCUGACAUCGCCUCAAACGCAGCAAUGCACAGGUGAGGUGUGCGAUGCCAACACACCACACGACAGGUCACCAUCUCACAUCAUGGCAAUGCAAUGUCAACCGCGUCAGAUUGCCCACCAGAGGCCCCUUUGACAUUUCUGAGGUGGCUGGUGUUGAGUGCCGGCUGCUGCCCAAUGUGGGCUACUACGCCCUGUAUGUGCUGCUGACGCCCUCGCCACACAUCCGUUUGUCGGCGGCCGAGCACCGCAGAGCCGACUCGCUGUGGGUCAAGAAGAUCGCCGUCGUCCAGACAAUCAUGACCAGACUGCUCAGGGCCGUCUUCAUGAUGAGCGACGCCACGUAAGCUAAGCGGACCGGACAGCACAUAGAGAUGUCUGUUCCCUUUCAGGGAGGGAGGGAGGGAUGUGUGUGUGGUCGGUGUCUGUCGGUCUACGCAGGUCUGCCCUGAGUCUCGCGCAGGACGUCUGUCGGCUUUGGGCGCUGUUCGUGCUGCCCGAGAGGUAAACCUAGAACCUUCCACACACUCACCUCACUCGUGCCAUCCAUAUUCUGCUAUGCGUGUGUGUUCCUUCUCUCUCAGGCUGUCGUCAACGCGUCACUACCUGACGGCAUUCGUGGGCGAGUUCGUCGACCAGAAACGACAGUUCACCACACUCACUGGCAGCAUGGCCUCUGAGCUGAGCGAAGGGGAUGCCACCGCGUUUGCCAGCUGGUCCCGUGUGAUUGCUGUCCUGUCUGCCGGGCUGGCGCCCAUCUUUGAGGCGUGCAGCGACCACGCCAAGCAGAGCCUCUAUGCGGGACUGCUGCACGAGGGCAACAGGGGGGUCUUCCAGGAGGUCUAUGGGGCCUUCACUAAGCAGCACAAUUAUAAGGGCAAGGUCUGAGUGAGCGAUUGAGGGCUCUGACUGGUCGAGUGGGUGGGGAAGUGGUGGUUGUUGAUACGAUCGAUGUAGAGGACGUGUGUGUGCCCUGCCCUGCCAUGUGUGUGUGAUGAGGGCAUGAGGGCAUCUCGAUGGCUG